AUCCCAGCAAACAGAACAAACUAGGAGUCUUGAAAGCUUUUCAUUCAAGAAAAUAACAAGAAAAAAAUCCAGCCAAAGCCCAUAAAAUUCCAACUGCCGGCUGCUUCUUGAAAUUCCUCUCCAUCAUAAUAUAUCCAAUACCAAUCAUGGCUCCUUCUCUAACCAAACCUUCACAGUCACUCCAUUUCAAGAAUGGCACAAAAUCUUGAUCACAUUUUUCUUUUGCUUUUCUUUUUAUUUUCCCUGCUGCCAACCAUGGCCCUGUCAAAAUCUUUGACCAGAUGCAAGGACAUAGACCCUGUAGUUCCCACAACACCCUUGCUCACCUUUCUUGUACGUGUGCAAGAAACCGCUCUUUCAACUUUUGGAGAGAGACACUUGGAUCCAAAACUUUACGUUGAUUUGUCCUUAAAAUUCAAUCUCUCAACAACUGAGAAGGCCUUUCAUGGGCUUCCAAGGAGUGAAAAUGGGACAGUUUCGAUUAAGGACUUGGAGGGGUCUUAGCAAUGUACUUUCAGGGUGCAGGGAAGGAUGUGCUGUACUUUGACCCACCCGAUUUUCUUCCGGAGCCCGACGGAUUCUUGGAUAAGGUGAAGAAUCCGGAGGGGAGGGCAUGGGCGCUGGAGGUUCAUUCUUUAUGGAAGAAUUUAAGUAGAAGAGUCUCGGAUGAGGUCCGGAAGCUACCUGAAUUCCAUACUUUGCUUCCCUUGCCGGUCCCGGUGAUCAUGCCGGGCUCACGUUUUAGAGAGGUUCACUAUUGGGAUUCCUAUUGGGUGAUCAGAUUUGGAAGAAGAGAAAAAGAAAAAAUGGCUUCAAUUGCAGCAAAAGCAUCAUGUCCCACACCCAUGAAGGCUACAUCCAACGGGAUCUUCCAGGGGGAUAAUCCUCUUGAUUAUGCACUGCCGCUUGCCAUCAUACAGAUUGUUCUAGUGGUUGUGCUCACUCGUAUUCUUGCUUUUCUUCUAAGACCAUUGCGACAGCCGCGUGUCAUCGCUGAGAUUGUUGGAGGCAUACUGCUGGGACCAUCUGCUCUAGGUCGGAACAAGCACUAUCUCAAUAGUAUUUUCCCAUCCAGAAGCCUCACGGUGUUGGACACUUUAGCCAAUCUUGGUCUCCUUUUCUUUCUGUUCCUUGUUGGCCUUGAGCUAGACCUGAAGUCCCUUCAACGGACAGGGAAAAAGGCUUUAGCCAUAGCUGUUGCAGGAAUUAGCUUACCCUUUCUGUUAGGAAUUGGAGUAUCAUUUUUUCUUCGUAAAACUAUCUCUGAAGGUGUUAAAGAGGCUCCAUUCCUUUUAUUCAUGGGGGUGGCCCUUUCAAUCACUGCUUUCCCUGUCUUGGCUCGUAUUUUGGCAGAACUCAAGCUUUUAACCACUGAUGUUGGUCGAAUGGCAAUGUCAGCAGCAGCCGUAAAUGAUGUUGCAGCAUGGAUUUUACUUGCUCUUGCCAUUGCCCUCUCUGGAUCUGAACAUUCACCCCUUACAUCUUUAUGGGUGCUUUUGUCUGGGGCUGGAUUUAUUAUCUGUUGCGUAGCCGUUAUCCCACCUGUCUUUAAAUGGAUGGCGCAUCGUUGUCGUCAGGGUGAGCCAGUAAAUGAAAUGUAUGUCUGUGCUACAUUAGCUAUUGUUUUGGCAGCAGGGUUUUGCACUGAUUCUAUUGGAAUUCAUGCCCUCUUUGGUGCAUUUGUGAUUGGAAUUCUUAUCCCAAAAGAGGGACCAUUUGCUGGUGCUCUUGUUGAAAAAGUUGAAGAUCUUGUAUCUGGUCUCUUCCUCCCGUUAUACUUCGUCUCCAGCGGAUUGAAGACCAACGUAGCCACAAUUCAAGGGGCUCAAUCAUGGGGUUUACUGGUUUUAGUCAUAUGUGCAGCCUGUUUUGGGAAGAUAGUUGGGACUGUAGUUGUCUCUCUCUUAGGCCGAAUCCCUGUUCAGGAAGCUAUAACUCUGGGGUUCUUGAUGAAUACUAAAGGCUUGGUGGAGCUCAUUGUCCUCAACAUAGGUAAAGAUCGAGAGAUCCUGAAUGAUCAAACAUUUGCUAUCUGUGUUCUGAUGGCUAUCUUCACAACCUUUAUCACAACGCCUAUAGUUAUAGCGGUAUAUAAACCAGCUAAACAAGCGAUUAGUGCUGAUUAUAAGCACAGAACAAUUGAGAGAAAGGACCCAGAUACUCAGCUUCGAAUUUUGGCAUGUUUCCAUAGUUCUUUGAACAUUCCGACAAUGAUCAAUCUCAUUGAGGCUUCACGUGGAACUGAGAAGAGGCAAGGACUUUGUGUCUAUGCACUGCACCUUAUGGAGCUUUCUGAGAGGACAUCUGCAAUCCUUAUGGUCCAUAAGGCGAGAAAGAAUGGACUACCCUUUUGGAAUAAGUUGCAGCAGUCUGAUGACAACCAAGUAGUUGUUGCUUUUGAGGCUUUUAGGCAGCUGAACCGUGUGUUUAUUCGUCCAAUGACAGCAAUCUCAGCAAUGCAUGACAUGCACGAGGAUAUCUGCACAAGUGCUGAAAUGAAAAGGGCUGCAAUCAUAAUUCUCCCGUUCCACAAGCAUCAGAGGUUGGACGGGACAUUGGAGACAACUAGAAAUGAAUUUCGUUGGGUCAAUAUGAGGGUUCUUGAGCACGCUCCAUGCUCAGUUGGAAUUUUGCUGGAUCGUGGGUUGGGUGGAAGCACACAUGUAUCUGCAAGCAAUGUUUCCUCCACUGUAACAGUCUUAUUUUUUGGUGGACAUGAUGAUCGUGAAGCCCUUGCUUAUGGAGCAAGAAUGGCUGAGCACCCUGGAGUCAGUUUAAUUGUCAUUCACUUCACAGCAAGCAAUGAUAUCUUGCGGCAGAUGGUCAAAAUUGAUAUAACGGGGGAAUUCAGUAAUUCAUCUGAUUCAGCCGAUAAAACAUUUCUAGCUAUCUUCAAGAAGAAUUCAGAUGACGACUCUGUCAAAUUUGAAGAGAGAGAAGUGAAUAGUGCUAAAGAAAUUGUUGAAGUAGUUAAGGCGUUCAGUCGGUGCAAUCUGUUCGUUGUAGGUCGAAUGCCUGAGGGUCCUGUAGCUGCAACUUUGACUGAAAAGGUUGAAUGGCCUGAACUGGGUCCUGUGGGCAACCUCCUGACUUCUCAUGAUUUUUCAACUUCAGCAUCUGUCCUGGUGGUGCAGCAAUAUAAUAGUCCAACAUCUCAACUCACUUCUGGCAGCUCCACAAUGAUUGCAGAGCUGCGUGGGGAUGAUGCAGAAGCUGGGUAGAUUGGCUUCAAGCCAAAAUGUUCCCCAUACGUGCAAGUUUCAAUAUAUAUCUAAAUAAGAAAUGAAGUUAAUGAUGACCGCUUACAAUAUGUUUGAAAGAAGUUAAAUUAAGGCCCAACACCUUAAUAAGACCUUCAAGUUUAACUUAGUA